GCCGGCUUCAAGUUCGUUUCUGACUCUGUCAUUGACCUGGGCUUCUCCCCUGCACACAAGCUUUCUUUCACCCAAGCACCAACGAACUGAGGCCUUGGGCGGCUGCGGGUCGGCGGCUCGCCUGCACAACCAACCCCUCCCUAACAGCCCUAUAUCCACUUGGACCGAGUUGACCCCCAUCUCGCCCCCAUCUCACCCCCCAAGCCCCCCAAACCCCCCAGCACCUCCCCUGUCCCACUCGCCCACGACCCACUCAGGGGUUUCGACUUGCGGCUCACUUGCGACGGCAUCCGUAGCAGACCACCAGGGCAUGUUGCCUACACAGGCACGCAGCCCUUUGGGGCAAUCCAUGCCUGUGUCACUUGGCGCGUUUGUAUGCCGCAUGCCUGCACGAUAUGAUCAUCUCAAGUUGGCAAAAACGGCCUGGCUGCCGCUGUCAACUCAUGGGGUGAAAGACGCCUCACAAUCCAAACUAAACUCAUCUCUGUCGGCUCAUUUUUCUUUCUCUUCUCCCUCAUUCUUUCUGUCUGUUCAAUCCGAUUCUUCACCAGCAGGUCUGUCACUCUUCUUCACAACCGCAGGGGUUUUUUCUCUUCUUGGAUCUGCCACAACACUCAUUUGUUUUGAACUAUAAUAUUGUUUCAUUUCUUUCUGGGAGGAAUAGGGAACAGGCAGGACAAGAUGCGUUCAGUAACUCGAGUUCUCCUCACCUCGGCCAUGCUGGCUGUGGCCAACGCCCAGGGCGUUAUCGUGAAGGCGGUCGGUGACAAGGGGACGAGUACCGGCCUCCAAGUCAACCCCAAUGACCCUGCCGAUGCCAACUUCAUCGCCCAGGCCGAAGUGGUCGCCAACGUCGUCAACGAGUGUGGCCGUACCAUGGCCGGGGGCAACAUCGAUAUUGGAGAGAACACCGAGACUGCCCUGGCUGCGAACCAGGUCACUCAGGUCUCCAAGGGCAGCACCGUCACCAUGACCAUCAACACGGUCAACGAGACCGGCCAGGGCCCAUUCAGCUGCGACCUGGACCAGACGUCGAAUGCCCUCGGUGCCAACGGCCAGACUGCACUGGAUGUCCAGGAGGGCAAGGUCAACGGGAAUGGCGAGAUGCAAUUAAAGGUCACCCUCCCCCAGGACCUGGCCUGCACGGGCUCCUCCCAGGGCAACGUGUGCACCGUCCGCUGCAAGAACCCCAACAACUUUGGCGGCUGCGUCGCGGUCCAGCAGACAGACGUCAAGCCGCUGCCCGCCGACAACGACCCGUCCAACAUCAAGUCCGCGCAGACGCUGGCCGGCAUCACCGCCCAGAUCGCCCAGAACAAGCAGGACCUGGCCGCCGCCGUCGCGGGCAACGAGGCCGCGGGCUCCGUCGCCGAGCAGGGCCCCACCAUCGCCCAGGCCAUCCUCGACUCGGACCCGCAGAUCACGCAGGACACCAACGACGAGAUCUCCAAGCAGGUCAAGGCCAACGCGGUGGACACGAGCGGCGACACUGGGGGGAAUGCUGAUGCAGGAAACGGCGGUAAAGGGAAGGGGGGCAAGAAUGGAGGAAACGCGCAGAAUGGCGCGGGUGCUGGUGCUGCGAAGGCUGGAAAGGGCCAGAAUGGCCAGGCCCAGGCUGGAGGAAACCGAGGAGCGAACGGAGCAGGGGCUGCUGCCGGAGGAGCUGCCGCCGGAGGAGCUGCCGCCGGAGGGGCCGGCAACGGAGCGGCGGCCGGAGGAGCGGCGGCCGGAGGAAACGGCCGUGGAGGCAACGGCCGCGGACAGGGCGCCGCCGGUGGCAACAAUGCUGCCGCAGGAGGCGGUGCCACAGCAGGUGCUGGGGGCGCGACGGGCGGAAAUGGAAAUGGAAACGGGCGUGCCGGGGGUGCUGGAGCCGGGGGCGCCGGGGCCGGAGGCUUCGGCUCGUUCUUCGGCGGCGGCAAGAACAACAAGCGCAUGGCACCCACCGAGCGCCGGGCCAAGAGGUUCGUCGACGUCGGCGCUGACUUCCAGGCUGGCGGCAACUAGGUGGGAUUGUGCUCUCUGUCGGUUGUCUAGAGUGGGCGAGGUGGCUGUGGGUUGCUGUAAUGUGGCUUUUUCCCCCUUUUUAUUUAUAGAUUGGAGUGCUGUGUUCAUAUGACUGCUAUACUGGA